UAAUAACCUUUGCUUUAUCAUUAUCUUAAGGAUUUUGCUUAGCUUCCCUUAACCACUCGAUUUAAGAUAAUUAUUUUCCUGCUAACAAUAAUGCCAACCACUUCAAUUACAUACCUUGAAAAUACCAAAGAUUAUGUCCUAAAUAAAGGACAUGGUGUUAAGGGUCUAGCUGAUAUGGGCAUAAAAUCUUUGCCUAACCAAUACAUUCAACCGGAAGAAGAAAGGUUCGAUCUAGACAAAAUCAUCCUUACAAACAAUGGUGAAAAUAAUUCGAUCCCCAUUAUCGACAUGUCAAAUUUAGACGAUCAUGCAAUGAAAACCCUAAUUUGUAAUGCUGCGGAGAAAUGGGGUUUCUUCCAGCUUAUCAAUCACGGUAUGCCUCUUAAUGUACUUGAGGAUGUCAAGGCUGCGACGUAUCGGUUUUUUGAGUUGUCUGCUCAAGAGAAGAGCAAGUUCCUAAAGGAAAAUUCUCCUACCAACAAUGUGAGGUAUGGUACUAGCUUUGUGCCUGAAGUUGAAAGGGCGUUGGAAUGGAAGGAUUACCUUAGCCUCUUUUUUGUGUCCGAGAAGGAAGCCCUUGCUUGUUGGCCACUUGCAUGCAGGGCUGAAGCAUUGGAAUACAUGAAGAGUUCUGAAUUUGUAAUAAGAAAUCUACUGAAGAUCCUUAUGAAGGGAUUAAACAUCCAUGAAAUUGAUGAGAGGAAAAAAACGCUUUUGAUGGGCACAAAAAGAAUCAAUCUUAAUUACUACCCAAAAUGCCCUAACCCCGAGUUAACGGUCGCAGUAGGGCGACAUUCAGAUGUAUCAACCCUAACUAUCCUUCUUCAAGAUGACGUCGGUGGGCUAUAUGUUCGAGGAUUAGAUGGUGAGAGUUGGAUUCAUGUACCUCCUAUCGAUGGUGCUCUUGUAAUCAAUAUUGGUGAUGCGCUUCAAAUACUUAGCAAUGGUAAGUACAAGAGUGUUGAACACCGUGUGAUUGCGAAUGGACAAAAGAAUAGAGUUUCUAUACCAAUUUUUGUGAAUCCAAGGCCAAAUGAUGUAAUUGCUCCAUUUGAAGAAUUAAUGGAAGGAGGAGAUAAGCCAAAAUAUAAAGAGAUACUUUACUCAGAUUAUGUCAAGUAUUUCUUCAAAAAGGCUCAUGAUGGUAAAGCCACGAUCGAUUUUGCUAAGAAUACCAAUUGACGUCUUGACGAUACUAGCUAGGAUAAACCCUAGAUUAUUGAACUUGAGUUUGUCGUUGCAAUAAGUUAUGUUGAUGCUUUAAAAAAUCAGAAAUUCUUGUGUGGACCUGCUCCACAAUAAUAUUAUUGUGGACUUGAGAUUUAAAUACACGCAUAAUUAAUGUUAUUUGGAAUAUAGUAAUCGUAAUUUUAACAUAGUGUCCUUAU